UGUCACUCAGCAGCAGUAUCUCUGCCUAGCGGUGUACACCCACAUGCCUUUAUGAAAUGUCUCAUUAUGCCGGUGGAAGAAAUAGUCCCAUGAAUGUGCUUUUUCAGGGAUGGUGACAACAGAAUGUUUUAAGUCUAUUCACUACCACAAGGAUCAAUGGCACUUCUGCCAAAGACUUUGCUCACGGGUACAGUAACGCAUGUCAGCACUUUCUGAGAUUAGAGGGUCUCCCGUGCGAGGUUUCUCACGCUUGCCUGGAAACAUACCUUCAAAAGACAGUCUCCCAGGACGUGAGCCCAGACAGAAAGGAGCCUGCCUGAGAGCUCAUUUCAAUUCUCUGCAGAGGCUCUAACAUGAAAACCAAACCUCUCAGUGAAAACUGAGCCGAAUGGGGAUUGAGCUGGUCUGCCUGUUUCUGCUACUUCUAGGAAGGAAUGAUCACGUCCAAGGUGGCUGUGCCUGGGGUGGUGCAGAAACCUGCUCAGACUGCCUGCUCACGGGACCCCACUGCGCCUGGUGCUCCCAGGAGAAUUUCACCCACCUGUCUGGAGCUGGUGAACGGUGCGACACCCCAGCGAAUCUUUUAGCCAAAGGAUGUCAACUACCCUUCAUCGAAAACCCUGUUUCCCGAGUAGAAGUUCUUCAAAAUAAGCCUCUCAGUGUAGGCCGACAGAAGAAUAGUUCUGACAUUGUUCAGAUUGCUCCUCAAAGCUUGGUUCUUAAAUUGAGACCAGGGGGUGAGCAGACUCUGCAAGUGCAGGUCCGCCAGACUGAAGAUUACCCAGUAGAUCUGUAUUACCUCAUGGACCUCUCCGCCUCUAUGGAUGACGACCUCAACACCAUCAAAGAGCUUGGCUCCCGGCUGGCCAAAGAGAUGUCUAAACUAACCAGCAACUUUAGACUGGGCUUUGGCUCUUUUGUGGAAAAGCCCGUUUCUCCUUUUAUGAAAACAACCCCAGAGGAAAUCACCAACCCUUGCAGUAGUAUCCCCUAUUUCUGCUUACCUACAUUUGGAUUCAAGCACAUUUUGCCAUUGACUGAUGAUGCUGAGAGAUUCAAUGAAAUCGUGAGGAAACAGAAGAUCUCUGCUAAUAUUGACACACCUGAAGGUGGAUUUGAUGCAAUCAUGCAGGCUGCUGUGUGUAAGGAAAAGAUUGGCUGGCGCAACGACUCGCUCCACCUCCUGGUUUUUGUGAGUGAUGCCGAUUCUCAUUUUGGAAUGGACAGCAAGCUGGCAGGCAUUGUCAUUCCCAAUGAUGGGCUCUGUCACUUGGACCACAGGAAUGAAUAUGCCAUGUCAACUGUCUUGGAAUAUCCAACUAUCGGCCAACUCAUUGAUAAACUGGUACAAAACAACGUGCUACUGAUCUUUGCAGUCACCCAAGAACAAGUCCAUCUGUAUGAGAACUAUGCGAAACUCAUUCCUGGAGCAACUGUUGGACUGCUUCAGAAGGAUUCUGGGAACAUCCUUCAGCUGAUCAUCUCUUCUUAUGAAGAACUGCGGUCUGAGGUGGAACUGGAAGUGUUAGGGGACACAGAAGGACUCAACCUGUCUUUCACAGCUCUCUGUAACAAUGGCGUCCUCUUCCCACACCAAAAGAAAUGCUCCCACAUGAAAGUCGGAGACACAGCAUCCUUCAAUGUGACUGUGAGCGUAUCCAACUGUGAAAAAAGAAGCAGGAACCUCAUCAUAAAGCCAGUGGGGCUGGGGGACACCCUAGAAAUACUCGUCAGUGCAGAAUGUGACUGCGACUGCCAGAGAGAAAUAGAAACUAACAGCUCUAAGUGUCACAAUGGGAAUGGCUCCUUCCAGUGUGGGGUGUGUGCCUGCAACCCCGGCCACAUGGGUCCUCACUGCGAGUGUGGUGAGGAUAUGGUGAGCACGGAUUCCUGCAAGGAGUCCCCCAGUCACCCUUCAUGCAGCGGAAGGGGAGACUGCUAUUGUGGGCAGUGCAUCUGCCACUUAUCACCGUACGGAAGCAUCUACGGACCUUACUGCCAGUGUGACAACUUCUCCUGUCUGAGACACAAAGGCCUUCUCUGUGGAGAUAACGGUGACUGUGACUGUGGCGAGUGUGUGUGCCGGGAUGGUUGGACAGGUGAAUACUGCAACUGUACAACCAACAGGGACUCGUGUACAUCUGAGGAUGGAGUGCUGUGCAGUGGACGUGGGGACUGUGUCUGUGGCAAGUGUGUCUGCAGAAACCCUGGAGCCUCAGGACCCACCUGUGAACGCUGUCCUACCUGUGGCGACCCCUGUAACUCUAAACGGAGUUGCAUCGAGUGCUACCUGUCUGCAGAUGGCCAGGCCCAAGAAGAGUGCUCUGACAAGUGUAAAGCCAUUGGUGCCACCGUCAGUGAGGAAGAUUUUUCAAAGGACACUUCUGUCUCCUGCUCUCUACAAGGAGAAAAUGAAUGUCUUAUUACAUUCCUAAUAACUAUGGAUAAUGAAGGGAAAACCAUCCUUCACAACAUCAAUGAAAAAGACUGCCCCAAACCUCCGAACAUUCCCAUGAUCAUGCUGGGGGUGUCACUGGCAAUCCUGCUCAUCGGAGUUGUGCUACUGUGCAUUUGGAAGCUGCUGGUAUCAUUUCAUGACCGGAAGGAAGUUGCUAAAUUUGAAGCAGAACGCUCUAAGGCCAAGUGGCAAACGGGAACCAAUCCUCUGUACCGAGGCUCCACCAGCACUUUUAAGAACGUGACCUACAAACACAGGGAGAAGCACAAAGCAGGCCUUUCCUCAGAUGGGUAGACAGACCUCCUUCGGCCAGAGAAAGUCAACUCCGCUUGUGUUAAAGGUUAAUGCAUUGUAUGGUUUAUCGUGCUUUGUCACUUCAAAAGGAGGUUGACUUAAGAUAAUAACAGGUCAUUCAACAAUCAGUCAUUCAGGGCAUGAAGGUGAGACAUUGUUUGCAGAUUGGAAACAAUCAAGAAAAGAAUAUCCCAAGCAAAGAGAUGAAUUCAAGAUCGCUUGAAGAAUAUGAACUCUGUUGCAUUAAUGCCUAAAAAAAAUCAUCAAAAUGAUUCCCAGGAACUUGAUUUGCAUUUGAAAAAUGUUCAGAAUUAGAAUCUCAUUUGCUUCAGGAAUCCAGCUACCUAAAGUCUUUGUCUCCAAAAAAAUCCUGGAGUCCUUAUGCAUUGUGUACCCAUACUGGCCGAUUAUUCUAAACUUGCAGAAAAAUCUAUUUCCUGAAGGAAUUUGUUUCUUUGGUUGGUUGGUUGGUUUGGUUUUUGUUUUGUUUUGUUUUUUUCUUUCCUUUCUUCUGCUUUUUUUCUUUUUUCUUUCUUUUCUUUUUCUUUCUUUCUUUUGUUCUUUUAGAAAGGGUGUCUCUAUGGCCAUUCUGGAACUGACCAGGCUGCCUAGCCUUGAACUCAUAACCAUGGAUCUGCCUGUCUCUGCCUUCCACUUCAUGCUCAGAGAUCUUAACUUUUAUGUAUGAGAAAUGAGAGUCUGAUUUCCCACCAGCUGAAAGAAUCCAGUUCUCCCAGAGUGACUACCCAAGUGAGAGAUUGAAAAUUAAGUCAUGGGCUUGU